AUGGCGGAGCUUGCCGGCGAUGGAGGAGCUUACAAGUGGGAGGAGGCGGAGCUUGCCGGCGAUGGCACGGUCGUGGGCGGCUCCGGCGAGGUCACCGCGGGAAUCGCGGAUAUAGCACCAGUUUGUGAAGGUGCUGUUCAGCACAUUGCCUCAAAAAGAUUUGAGAUUGGAGGAAUUGAUUUGACAAAGCUGCUUGCUCAGGAACUUCAUAAGUCCAAUCCUCUAGUAAAUAUUGAUUUUUCUGAGGUUGAAAAAUUGAAGGAGCGGUAUUCAUGCUGUGCAGAGGACCAAACUGCCUUUGAAAAGACUCAGAAUUCAUGCCAGAGGGAAACCCACACCCUUCCAGAUGGACAGGUGAUAACAAUAGAAAGGGAAAGAUACAUUGUUGGAGAAGCUCUAUUUCAACCUUCUAUUUUAGGUCUAGAGGAGUAUGGUAUUGUUGAGCAGCUAGUCCGUUGCAUAUCAACUGUUUCAUCGGAAAACCAUCGUCAACUUCUCGAAAAUACUGUGCUGUGUGGGGGUACAACUUUUAUGACUGGUUUUGAGGAGCGUUUCCAGAAAGAAUCUGAUCUUUGUUCUUCAUCCAUUCGGCCUUCUCUUGUCAAGCCUCCAGAGUACAUGCCAGAGAAUUUACUCAAGAAUUCAGCAUGGAUGGGGGGUGCUAUACUUGCUAAAGUAGUGUUCCCCCAAAAUCAGCAUAUCACCAAGGGUGAAUAUGAUGAGAUGGGCCCCGCAAUUGUUCAUAAGAAGUGCUUCUGAUGUCUGGGUACGUUACUGUUGUAUCCUCUCCUGCUUCAUCUCGCCUAACCUUGUCUUUGCAGUGUGUGAACCGACCAUUGCUUAGGUUUAACUUGUAUGGUGGUGUAUCAGUGUAUUCCUGCAAAUCUUGAGGUUAAAUGAGACGGUUAUACAUAUUAUGCAGGUGAUUCCUAGAAAAAGAAGAGGUUUGUAUUGUUAAGACUAAUUAGCUUCGCUGGUUUCUUUGUAUUUGUGUAACUUAACGUGACAAUACCUAAUUAUAUCAUGUUAAUCCAAUAUACUUAUGUUGUAUAAUUGAA